GUUGUCCCAGAGAACGCCCUAUUUUCUCGUGAGCAAUUGCAACAUGGCGGACAACAGUCGGGAACCUCCUCCCCUUUUUGAAGACGAGAAUGGAGACAAGAAGGAUAAAGAAGUAGAGGAUACUCCUCAGGAGAAAACUGAAGAUGUGGCUUUAGAAGAUGAUGACGAUCUUUUUGCUGGUGGUGGCACCGAGGUUUCCCUGGAUGACUCGCCAGUCGCAGAUGAGCCAGCCAAGCUGGAUGCGGAACCAACAUCCCCCCUGACCAUGGAGACUGAGAAACCUGAUCCUGUUCCGACGGUGAAGGAGCCAGAGGGAGCUGGAGGAGGAGCUGGAGAGCCAGUGGAGACACAGAAGAAGAGUGAAAUGGAUGAGAUGGAAUUGGCAGAGGAGGACAGUGGAGAUAAGUUUGAUAUUGAAAUCACCAUUACUGAACCACAGAAAAUGGGUGAUGGUAUGAGCUCAUACAUGGCCUACAAGGUUACAACAAAGACCAGUGAUCCAUCUUUCAAGAAAUCAGAAAUAGGAGUAAUGAGACGAUUUAGUGAUUUCUUAGGACUACAUCAGAAGCUUGUUGAGAAGCACACAAGUAAGGGCCGCAUUGUUCCGCCAGCUCCAGAGAAGAGUGUAGUGGGUAUGACCAAAGUGAAGAUGGCGAAGACCCAAGAGCAGACCACAUCCAUGGAGUUCAUAGGAAAGAGGAGAGCAGCCCUGGAACGAUUCCUCAACAGAACAGCUGCUCAUCCCAUCCUCUACACCGACAGUGACUUCAGAGAAUUCCUGGAGAAAGAUGAUCUCCCGAAAGCAACAAACACAUCUGCACUGAGUGGAGCUGGUGUCCUGAGAGCAUUCACCAAGGUAGUGGACAGUGCAUCCAAGGUGGUCUCCAGGAUGAAUGAAUCAGACCAAUGGUUUGAAGAGAAACAGCAUAUGAUAGACAGCCUGGAUUCCCAGCUCAAGAAACUCCACACUAGUGUCGAGAGCAUGGUCACAAGUAGAAAAGAAUUGGCCAACACCACCUCGACUUUCGCCAAGAGUUCUGCCAUGUUGGGAAACUCUGAGGAGCACACCGCCCUCUCUAGAGCCAUUUCACAGCUAGCAGAAACAGAGGAGAAGAUCGAGGCUCUUCACAGCAGUCAAGCCGCCACAGACUUCUAUGUACUCUCAGAGCUCCUCAAGGAUUACAUUGGCCUCCUAGCCGCCGUAAGGGAAGCGUUCCGUGAGAGAGAGAAGUGCUUCCUGACUUGGCAGAAUGCCCAAACUACCCUGGCCAAGAAGAGGGAUACCGAGGCCAAGCUCAAGAUCAGCGGGAAGCCAGAGAAACUCCAGCAGGUCCAGGAUGAGAUUAAAGAUUGGACCGCAAAGGAAGUGAAAGGACAAGAAGACUUUGAACUCAUCUCAAAAACUCUUCGAAGAGAAAUUGGUAGAUUUGAGUCCAAUCGAGUGCGUGAUUUCCGUACCGUUGUGAUCAAGUACCUUGAAUCUUUGAUGAAUCAUCAGCAGCAGCUCAUCCAGUAUUGGGAAGCUUUCCUUCCAGAAGCCACCGCCAUCGCAUGAUCGAUCGUACCAGGCAAAGCCUUCCAUCUAGAUAGCACCAAUCAGAUUCAUAGAAACACAUUGAUAUAAAACAGGGGCUUGUAACACAAAGCUUAUCAAUUGAUCGCAAAGUAUAUUUUUGUGCAUGAUCGCACACACUACUCAAUGUAAUCAACCGUAAAAAUCAACCCUUGCAUCAAACGCUAGCCUUGGUGUUGCAGGGCCCAGAUGUCACAAGAUUAACCAUUAAUAAUGAUGUGUUCUGUGUCACAUAACCAUUAGGCUUUAAAGUUAGUUCUUAAGCUACUUUGAUGAUUGAUUGCAUGUAUCAUUAUGUGCAAUAAAUCAGUCAAAUCCCUUUAUACUAUCAAUUAUUGAACUUUGUGCUCAUGGGGCUCUGGUAAAAAAAUUAAUGUAUAAUGCUAUAAAAUUAUAGCAAGAAUUGUGAGAGCCUAUUUGAUUGAUUAUAUGAAGAAAAUAAUUAACAUAGCAUAUAUGGAUCAUAAGAUGGCAUUUGCAAAACUUAGCUUGGUUUAUUUUUAGGAUUGGGUAAUAUUCUUUAUGACUUUCAUAUAUACGCUGAGGUGAAUGUGUUGGAGGUCAGGCACACAAACCACACACUUAUGUACAGCGAAAGCAACAAGGGGAAAGUAUUGACUAAUGCAUUUCUAAAGACCAUCACAUUAUUCUUAAGUGUAGCCUUAAAAAAAAAAAAUUUCUGUAAAAGCAUUCAUGUUGAAAUACAGAAUAUUAAGCCAUGUGACUUGUAGUUUACUGGUAUACAUUGUUGAUGUGAGACAUGGUUUAUUAUAUCACACACAUGCACACGCGCUCACGUACAUACAUGUAUGUAUGUAGAUAUUUAAAAACUACAUGGAUAUUCACAGAUGGGAAAAUACAAAUUCUACCUUUCACAUUUCAAAAUUUUUCUAGUGCAUAUAGUUACGUUUCACAAAGGCAAAGGGAAUGUUGCAUGAAGCUUCCUAUCGAUUGCAACUCAAAGUAUGUUCCAAAAUCAAUCUCACAUACAUCAAUAAUUGAAAGUUUGCUAGUGUUUGCUGGUCUUCUUUGUCCGACAGAAACUGAACUGAUUAUUGAUUUUGAUUAGUUUCUUGUAUCACUUUGAGGUUGACUGAACAUAUCAGUUUCUUUUCUUUUGCUAACUUCAUUAUUGGAGAAAAAAAAUAGAGAGAUCAGGAUAAUUAUUGAUGGUACAAUUACCGGUACCCAUUUCUUUGAUUAAUUAUGUGGUCAUAUUUUUGUACCUCAGUCAUUUUGCAGGUGCUCUCCACAUAUUUAAUUGUACAUUCAAGUACAGGUAGCCUUAUAUAUAAAGAAAAUUUAUAUUGAAAAGCAAACAUUUUCCUUUUAUACUUGUACGUGUUUAUGUUGAAUGAAAUAAAAUUGAGCCAUGUGACUGAUAUAGGAUUGAAUAUACAUGUAGAAGGGAAGAAUGUGUAAUAUAUUAUGAUAGAUAAUGUUGAAUCAAAAUUUGCAUUCCCAAUCAUUGGUUUGUAUUAUUUCUUUGUUCUGUCAUGCAAGUGCUAAAUUGUGGGCGUACAUGUAUACUGAGUGGUUUUGUCUCUUUUUUUUGGGGGGGGGGUGGGGCUAUAUACUGUUUUGUUGUUUUGUUAGUCUCUUGUACUUUCUCAGUUGACAUAAUCUGCAAUUCUACUUAUUAAAGUGGCCGCAAACACACUUGCUUUUGGAGCAAAGAUGUUACAAAAAUGCUAUCUCGUGCACUUCUUUUAAUGGGUGUAUUUCCAAUGCGAAGAAUCUGCAACUUUCGUUUAUGUGAUUGUAAGUGUUUUUCCCUGUAGCAUGAUGAAAAUCUAUCACAAGUAGUUAAUCUUUCUUGCCGGUGUUAAAGCCAAGUUGGCUCUAAAUUUUAAAUCUUAGAUGAUUGCUUCACAUAUGUAUAAUAUUUAGGCUCUUCAAAAUCUAAGGUGCCACCUGAUCAGUUUGAUAUUAUCCCUGCAAGUUUGUUCAUCUCGGUACUCAUUAUUUUAAAUGUUUGAAUGUCCAUAUGGAGUCUCAUUGCACAUUUUCACAAAGCAGUGUUUUGUGAACAUUACCUUUUUAUUACACUAGCAAUGUCUUACAUUGAUGUUGAGGUAAACAUGUGUUUAUUAUACUCUCUCAAAAAUAUGAGGGGUGCAACAAACAUUUUUAUCAUGGGGGGUCCACUUAUUAUUGUAAAUUAUGAAGUUAGUAAUCAUUUGACCUUUGCUUUGUGUUUGUAUUUUUUCCCCUUGAAUAGAAUCAUAUAAUACAUUCCUCAAGAAUCAUAAAACCAUGAAACUCUUUUAACGCUGGUCAAUGGUUGCGUUCCAGAGAUGUAGUCGAGGCCGCCUGGUGCAAGCCACAUGUUAAAAGUCUAUGAGAGAAGGUUCUUUCUAGCAGCCUUGUGACUCAGGAAAUACCAGCCUUUACUGCAUCCCAGGUUGAUUAAGAAUUCAAUUCAAAUCAUGCAGCAUUCUCUUUCAUUAGGUUUGGGCCAAGGUUUAUUGUUCUCUUAGCACUAGGUGUAUUUUGUUGCUAUCUUUGAUGUAAUAUACAACCUUUGGACAACUUAAAAUUGUAAUAAUGAUCAAAACAUCUGAUGAUAAAGGAAAUUUAGAAUAUAUCUUUCUGAAUGACUAUUGUGACAUAUAUAUAUUCUUUUAUUUCCAUAUAUAUGAUAUACCUAUAUGUACAUGACUUGUAUUUCAAUAGUGUAGUUGGCUACGAUUAUUCUUUUUUUUACGUUUUCCAUAUGUUUUAUCAUUAGAUAUUCCACACCAUAAAAUGUUUGGUUGGAGAUUAAAAAAGAUGUAUUGGUUGAAAAG